GCAGUGAGUUACUGGAUGAAAAGAAUGUGAAGCUUUAAAUGAUUCAACUAUAAUACAUGGUUUGGAAGAAAAUCGAAUGUGUAAUAAAUGCAAUAACGCAAAAGGAUAUAUAAAAACUAGAGAUAACAAAUGUGUCCCAACUUUUUAUUAUUUCAUUAUAUUCUCUCAAUAUGUAUUAACCCCAUUGCUGACAGUUUUAUGGGCUCUGUCAUGGAAACAAGAAUGUUUCAACUUCUUCAAGAUGCUCAUUCUUCACUACCAGUCACUAUACCUAAUCCUGUUCAUUACUCUUAACAAUCCUUUCUGGGAUACGAUAUUUGAUGCCUUUGUAUUCCUCCGCAGCUUGAGUUUUCCUGUUGUUUACAUAUUCCCUCCUGCUAUUGCAGUAUAUAUGUAUUUUGAUCCAGAUAAGGAUACUAGAGAUGGAAGAGGUAGAAAAGCAAGCUUUGAUCUUGGUUUAUAUCUUCAGCAUUAUCAUUUGUUCUUGCUUUCUUUUAUUUUCUGCCUCAUGCUUCUUUAUAUAUGUUUGAAGACUCUGAGAAAAUCUUGGAGAGAGAAAGUUAGGUCCAAGCUACGCUAUAUUAUUUGUUUGCUCAUUCAUUACAGCUUCUUUGGGAUGCUUGAUAACCUCAGGUGGUUGCUGGGCAGAACAUUUAGACAUGAUGAUGAAGACAAGCCGAUGAAGCCUUUUGAAUUAACCUCUAUGAUGAUUCUUGAAUACUUGCUGAUGGGAAUAAUUAUGUUUGUAUACUUCUGUGUUUGGGGUAGAAUUAUAUUGAAGUUCUUGAAAGCAGUCGCAACAGAUAAUAUUCUUGUGCUUAGAGAGAACCCAAUGGUGAGGGGACUCAGAACUAAUCACCCAAACCAUUUCUUGUUUUAUCUGUUUAUUGAGAUUAAGUUUAUGGUACAAUUCUUUCUUGGACUAUUAUUUUCAUUUUGGAUGAAUAUGUAUUGAGUAGCCCUUCUUACAUUGUGAAUGAUGAUAUUGGAACUGAUGUGGUUCGCAUAUGUUUGUCUUUAUAAUCCUACUCGAAGCUUCAAUUUACAAAUUGUGACUGUGCUUAAUCAAGCAAUAAUUGUUAUUCUUUGAAUUACAUUACUCUGCUCAGUAAAUGGGGAUAACAUAAUUAAUACAAAUAAUACUCUGAACGGUGCAUUUGAUGAAAGAACAGUAGUAAACAUAGUCGGUAUAGCAAUCUUCCCAAUUUCUUAUGUUCUCCUCCUACUAUACCUUGCUUACAAGUAUGCAAUCAAGCUGCGCAAUUGGCGGAAGUACGGGACGAUCAGAGGUCCUGACCCAAACAUUGAAUUCUUCAGAGACCAGGUGGAGAACGAGACACUUCUCCAGCCAGUGCUUAAUUCUAGCUAA